AUGGGCUAUUCGAAGCAACACCGAGAGUGGGCGCCACAACCCAAGCAGGAUCAGGUCAUCAUACUCCGUAACAUCAAGAGGACCGACCGACAGAAUAUUGGCUACGGCAACCGCUUGCAAUGGGCAAUUUACGAUCCUGAUACGCGGUCUAUGACCCACGGCACCAUAGGCGACGAGGUUGCGCAGAGCGCCAUCUUAAAGGGCGAAUUUGUGUCGUUUUCGCCAUUCUGGCAUGCGGACGAACAGGAAACUCAGUAUUGCGCGUAUCUGCACCAGUGGUGGCAGGAGAUGAGGCAGGAGAAGAAUCAGGAGGAUCAAGCUGGUUUGGCGUCGGGCCGCAUUAUCCAGAUCGAGACGCCAGUCAGCAAUCCCACUCAGAGACAAUACCACACAGGAAGGCCGCUCCUUCGCAUCGCAGAUCUUUCCUUCGAGCGGUGUAAUAGUCUGCAUUUCUUCGACUGUACUGUUGAGGUGAAUGCUCUUCCCGAUCGCCUCUUCCGUGUGCUUACGUUCGUCCAGAUCGUCGCCGUCUUCUCAGACAAGCACCCGCCUAACGUAUAUGUGACCGACUACUCGAGCAACGGCCACUUGAGGACGCCGACGGGCGCUUGGGUCCCAGAACGCUUCGAUAAACUUUGCUUCAAGAUCGAGAUGUGGGAUGCUUCGAGGGCAGCAGCGGAAAAGCUGUACCCAGCAGACUAUUACACGAUCUCAAAUUGUCGACUCAAAGAAGACAGUCUGGGUUACUAUGAGGGCCGCCAGCAGGAGGCCAAGUUCAGGAAGCUGAACGAGGCGGACGCGGAGAGCGAUCCCAUGCUGAAGGAGCUGUUGGAGAGGAAGCGAAAGUGGGAGACCACCAAGAAUGCCGCUCCGGCGCCGGAACCUGAGUCUCGCGCCAUAGGCGAAGUCGCGCUCAAUGAUUUUUUUGACACGGUGGUAGAGGUUCUUCACGUUGAAGGCGCCGACCUCUAUGUCACCGAUUAUUCCGCGCAUCCAGAUCUCCAGGAUCUGCGUUACGACCCUGCCUGGGCGGCGGGCCUCGAUGGGCUCGUGCUCAAGAUAUGCACCGAGCAGGUGCAGACGAAGGUCGCGCAGGGGCUUUCGAGGGGCAACUUCUGCCGGAUCACCAACUUGCGUAUCGUGCAUAGUGCGGUGAAGGGCGAGACGAUUGGGAAGCUUGGGGGGAAUGAGAGGAAGCGCAUCUUUCGUGUCAAUCCUGCAUUGGCAGACCGCGGCUUCAAGGAACUGUUGAACCGCAAGAAGCAAUGGGAGAAUGUCCACGCUCGACAGCCGGACGGUGAGCAUUUGCCCGCAAAGGGAGAGACGCCGACCAACGAAGGGAAACGUCCGGUCGGGACGUUCUUCGGACCACGCAAGUCCUCUACGUCGUCGUCGAAACCUCCUGCCAAAGCAGCCGGUGCUGUGGGCCUAACUUUUGCCGAGUUGCGCGACAAACCGAAGUCCAAGAUCUACACCGUCGUAGCUCGCGCGACACUCGCAGUUGACUGCAAGUCCUGGGAUGACUGCAUUGUUCGGAUGUGUGCGCAGUGUCAGAAGGAGAUACCACGCAUACGUCGAGCAUGCUUGGAUUGCAACGACACGGAUCAUGAAUUCGUGCAAGUGAGCGACGCGCGACUUCUGCUCGAGCUCACCGACACGACCGGGGAUACUGAGCGAGUGGCGGUCAUGAGCAAAUUGCGUCCUUCCCUGCACACCGAGGUCAAAGCUUCGUCACAACCGGAGCGUGUCUUUGAGGAGUGGCUGAGGCCGCUGACUGGCGACGACCUCUCGAAGGUGCAGACGGCCGAUACGCCGCUCGCGGAUGUUGUGCUUCUGAGCAAGGAGAACGAGACGUAUUGCCUCGUCGAUUACAUGUUGAGGCGCUCAUAG